ACUUUGCCACUUUAAAGUUGAAAACACCUUUCUUUCCAGUUAUGGGUUUUGGCGCCCCAUGUGUUCCCUUUUCCACCGUCACCUCUCUCUCUUCAACUUCUCUUUCUCUCUCAUUCCUUCAAACCCAUUCCAAUUCUCACUCUCAUGGGUUACCUCUCUUGCAAUGCCCAAUCCGCAAUCGCCACCUGCGACCCUCACUUUAAGAAGCACAAACCCCUCCCUGCCAAACCAAUCCGCCACUUCAACUACGCCGAAAUCUCCGCCGCCGCUUCUGGCUUCUCCGCCGAUACCUUUCUGGGCAGAGGCAGCCAUGGCAGAGUCUACAAAGCUACCCUCGACGGCGGAAAGCUCCUUGCCGCCGUCAAAACAACGAAACUGGUCUCUGCUUCGAAGAACCACUCCACUAAAUGCACCGGCUGCGGCAACUGCACCAGUCCAGUGGAGAACGAAAUCGAGAUCCUCUCUCAAGUUCCGAGCCCCCGCGUGGUGAACCUCAUCGGCUUCAGCACCGACCCAAACGGUAACAAAUUAAUCGUCGUUGAAUACAUGCCCAACGGUUCGCUCCACGAUCUAUUACAUUCCGUUAGAAAACCUCUCGGUUGGAACCGGAGGGUCCGGUUCGCGGUUCAGGUUGCGAAAGCGGUUCGCGAAUUGCACUCUUCCAACCCUCCCGUUAUUCACCGCGACGUUAAGUCUUCCAAUGUUUUAAUCGACGAGAGAUGGAACGCGAGGCUCGGUGACUUUGGCCUUGCGUUAAGGGGACACGUGGAGGACGUUCGCGUCAAGUGCACGCCGCCCGCGGGGACGUUAGGGUACCUCGACCCGUGCUAUCUGGCGCCGGAGGAUCUCAGCGCCAAGAGCGACGUCUUCAGCUUCGGGAUCUUGCUGCUGGAGAUAAUCAGCGGCCGGAACGCCAUCGACGUCAAUUAUAGCCCUCCCUCUAUUGUGGACUGGGCGGUGCCGCUGAUCAAGCUCGGCGACUUCGCCGGAAUCUGUGACCGCCGGAUCGGAACGCCGACGGACCCCGCCGUGGUGCGGCAGCUCGCGGUGCUAGCUGCCAGAUGCGUGAGAUCGAAGGCCGAGAAGCGGCCGUCCAUGGCGGAGGUUGUGGAGUGUCUGAAUCUGGCAAGGAAGAGGAUUCGUGCGUCCCCGGUGUUAAUGUCUCUGCGGCGGCGCGUGGCGCGUAUGGAGAGCGCGGUGCCGGUGGUGGCGUGGGAGGAGUGUGAUGAUAAUAGUAUUAAUGACUGUGAUAGGAGUGAGAAAUUUGUGAGCAUGGUGAAAGGUGGGAGUGGGAGCAGAAGGAAGGGGAAAGUAUCCAGUGUGUGGGUUGUAGGGUAUGGGAGUGAAGCGUCCAAUAAUAAUAAAGUGAUAAGGUCAAAGUCCAUUGGUUCUUCUUCUGGUUCGGUCAAAGGGAGCUGGGUUAAAAUGCAGCCACAGCCAACCGAGCAGGGAUUUGGGAGGAGGAAGGUGAGGUUAAAAAAGUCAAAAUCUUUGGGGGUUUUGCAAGGUUCUGUACUUUCACAUUACAGUGAGAAUAAUAACAGUUAUUAUAGUUAUAAUAAUAAUAAGAAGAAGAAGAAUAAUGGCGAUGAUGUAUCAGUAGUAAUUGGGUGUGCAAUGGCGAAGUUGGUUGUUACAGAUAAUUCAGAAAAGAAAAUGGUGGAAAAGCCGUUAGUGAAAUUGCAUGAUGAGAGUGGGAAUGUGAUUUGAAUUGGAUUGGAUUGUGGCAGCACAUGUGGGAGUUGAAAAGGAGAUUAAGGUAAUGAGAUAUUUGAUGUUUCACCUGCUGUGCCUGUGAGUGUUGCAUGAUUGGGUUUCAAACUAAUUAUUUGUGUCUGGAGAAAAGAAGGACCAAUGUUUUGCAUUGGAUCCUUCUCCUCACUCAAUCACUCCCUCCAUUCCAAGCUACCUCAUAGACUACAGAUCAUUCAACCACAUUUGUACUCUGAUUUUCUCCCAUUAAUAUUACACCUAAAACACCACAACUCUUCCUGUCCUUUCUUUUUUCUUCUCCACAAUGCUGUCUUAAUCUCUUUUUUAACAUUUUAAUACCAUUCAUUCUUCUGAGAUCAAA